CAAGUUUGACAUCCAGCCAUAUUCAAUACGUUGGUGCCCCGCCGAGACACUCAGCAUCCACUACAUCGUUGAAUAGUAGCCGCAAAACCCCACGCACGCGCAAUAGCAACAGCACCAGCACAAGCAAUGGCAUGCGCAUGACUCUGUCACCCAACAGACGGCUGGCCGAUAAAAUCGCAGAACACAAACAGAAACAAAUGGAAAGUGACAGGAAGUUCGCAGAACUAAUGGGCGAGGAUCCAGUAGAAGGUCUGGAUGGAGACGAUGUGAACGAGGAGAUGGACAAGACUGAUGAAGAAACAUCAGAGGAAACAAAUCGGCGCAACUCAGGCGGAAACAACACGACAUUAAGCGUACCGGGCACGUCAUACCAUAGGUCUUUGAGCCAUCCGAAUCUUAAGAUGGACAACGAGGACAGGCCUGUUGAAACACCAUCGCCGGAUGAGAAAAGGGGAAGUGUCAGAUCAGUUCAUUCCAGUACAUCAGAACUGCGUUCGGGUAUGAAGGAAAUGGGCAUGGAAGAGACAAAAGACAAUUCUUGGGAGGCCACAACGGGUUUAACUGCAAGCACUCCAGACGUUUUUCCCCCCUCGGUUUUCCCCGGACAUGAUAUCAACGGCAACAACAUCAAUAACAUCAACCACAACAAUAAAAAUAGCCAACACAGUAUCAACAAUCAGAACAAUAUGUUUCACGGAGGUCCCCGACGACGAAGCUCGCAACAAGUACCGCGUAGAGCGGCAAACAUGCAAUUUGGUGCACUCCCAACACACCACAAUUCAGGCUUGCGUAUUGAUAGAUACCCCUCAGAGCCCUCAGAACGGAUGUUGAAGGGACUCCCACCAAUGGGUCCAAGCCUGGAUUCGGGGACGAUUUCGACCCAUAAUCUGAAUUCGGGUGCAUAUUUACAAGGUGCGCCUCCGAGUAAGAGCUUGUUCGAGCAGUUUCUGGAUGAGAAGUCAAAUAGACGGGGCCAUAGCAUACAUAAUUUGAGCCACAGCAUGAGCCAAAAUGUAGGUCAGGGUCAUCGACCCGCGGCCUUGUCACCAGCCGGAGGCUCUAUGGGCUCUAUGGGCUCUAUGGGUUCCGUGUCUCUGAAUGGGUUCCAUCCGGGAGCUGGUACCAACUCUGCACCCAUACAUAUCGAGGAGUCGAACCAAAGUCUAAAUAGCAUGAACAUGAGCUCGGGCAGCUUUCACCUACAGGCGCUUCCGUAUAGUGGGAACGAAAACGGUAAUCCUAUGCCUACGAAUAGUUUGAACAUGCCUCUGAAUAGUCUGAAUAUAUCGAACCUCCCCAGACUCUAUCAAGAUCCAGCAGCGUCCAGUGAUGCGGGAUAUCAAUGAACCAGUCGAAUCAGUAGUGUAUUAUAUAUGUAGCACAUUCAUUGAUCGUACUUUCGUGCACUCUGGCAACUGGCGAGAACGGUCCAAUACUAGCGCGGCAUCUGAGAUAGAUCUGUCAAGUGAUGAAAAAGGCCACCCUAUAUUAUUGGACACUUGAGCAUGUGAUGCGGACUGUAUAUUAGCACUAGCCGGAAAGACAUAGCAGGUCGGCAGUGGGAUAUAUCGCCGACUCGAGCCGUGUAGGGGUGCACAAACACUGAAGCACAAGCAACACUCAACGUGGAUGUGGAGCAUGAUGGACUCACGCUCAAGGACAUUCGAUGACUUCGUGCAUGGCAGUGACGCCGCACAUACGAGGGAUGUAUACUGAUACAUUGUCGACAUUGUGCCACUGGAAAAAUUGUCUUGGGCUGGUGUGAUCAGCCCCCCUGAGACUGACACUGGACACUAUACAGCAGUAGUAGGUGGUUAUCCAAAUGCAGCAGGAAGUGGUUAUUCAGAUGCAGUGAUAAGUGGUUAUUCAAAUGCCCCAGUGAACGAGAUGAGGCCUUUUUCACCGCCUCUCAUUAGCGCCAGAAGACAUUGAUGUACACUUGUCACAUCUUAUGUGAUAGGUACAUCUGAUCUUCCGGCAUAAAGACUUAUCAUGAACACCAUACAUAAGCACGCGACACGCGUAUUCAAUCACAUGAUACCCAUGUCCUGGCGAUAGACAUGCGGAGCUCGCAAGGGGGUUAGCGGUUGUGGUGGCGAGCAUUACCUACGUGAUUAUCCUUCACUGGCGACAAACGUGCGCAAUCUGCCAGGGGGUUAGCGGUUGUAGUGAGGAUCAUUGCUGCUAUUAUUGUGCUGUGCGACUACACAGUUGCGGCCAAAGCGCUGAGGAUGAGCAGUUGGGGUCUAAUGCCUGGUGCACAUAAAUGAAAGCCCGGAUAUCAUCGGCUAGGCUUGUCACCUAUUGUCGUGGAGCGUGCUUGCUUCUGAGAAGUUAUGUAGGUAGGCUUGCGCUGCUCGUCAAGACAAUUACGCUACAGCAGAUGACUUCUUCAUACGCAUACAAAUGGACAUAUUAGUAUGCAUGGCAUACAUAUGUUUUUCUUGUUAUUGACUAGAGGUGCGAUGAUCAUACAGCCUCACAAAUGGAAAUUCCGCGACUUUUAUAGCCUCCUGAUUUUUUUUAGGUUACCCAAUUUUCAGUACAAUUGGUAAUUUUGGCGUGAAUCGUAAUAAAAUUUGCGCAAUGGCAAC